AUGUUUCUUGAUCGAGCACCGAAUCUUUAUUCAUUAAAACUCACCUGUAGUAAACUCUCACUUCCAGAAUUGGCAUUAUUCAAAAACAGUAGCGUAUCGGUUCGUCGUCUUGAUUUAUAUGGAUAUACCAAACAUAAAGAUUGGCAAUGGUUUAAUAGGCAACAAUGUAUUGUAUUAUGUAAUUCUCCUUUGGGUAUUCACUGUGAAGUUCUUCGAAUUAAAGUUGAACAUCCGAUGGAUGUACUAGAACUUGUCUAUUCAAUGCCGCACCUGCGAGCAUUGAAUGUUCAGAUUAUGGACGAUGAACAUAAUGUACCGGGUUUUAAACCACAUCCAACAGACGAUGAACUUCUUCAAUUUUUGCAACAUUCUCUAGAUUACACUUGUAUUGUUACAAGAAAUCAAUUUGAUUCUCGUAACAUUCAAUUGUGGAUUCGCUGA